UUCAGCAUCAAAUGGAAUGCAAAGACAGGUUUAGACCUGAACUUCCGUGUCAGGCAGGAAAUAAGUGAACUGUCAGUGACUAACAUACGCGGUACAGCUCAGCACCCUGGUGCAUGCGAGUUGGGUGGUGUCCACCGUUAAACAGGAAAGAGAGGCAUUUUACAGAAAACGUAUUUAUGACCCCUUCACCUAGUCAUUAAAGCUGCCAGAUAAGCCAAGAUGGAUGACAUUGAUGCCAUGUUCAGCGACAUGCUGCAGGAGAUGGAUCUCCUGUCGCAGAGUUUGGAAGCAGAAACAGAUUCUGCACCUUUGCCUAUACCUCCCUCUGCUCCUGACCCUCUGGAAAUGAACUUCUCCAUUGGUUUUACAGAUCUGAAUGAAUCCCUGCAUGGUCUGGAAGACAAUGACUUGGAUGCCUUGAUGGCUGACCUGGUGGCAGAUAUCAGUGCCACGGAGGAAAAGUUUGCCACUGAAAGAGAUACGUUUAAAGGGUCAGCUCCAGUUGCCCCAAUACCCUCACAGCCUCAGAGUAAUUUUAGCCUCUCAGCGUCAACUGACACCUCUAGACCAGCAACUUCCUCCAACGCCAUUGUAGCUCCGCUUCCACCACCCGCCUCCAAGCCAUCAAAAGAAGAACUAGAGGAACAGAUCAAAGCAGAUAAAAUCAAGCUCGCUUUGGAGAAGCUAAAGGAGGCCAAAGUGAAAAAGCUGGUUGUGAAAGUGGAGAUUAUGGAUGGCAGCUCAAAGACUCUGAUGGUGGAUGAGAGACAAACAGUCAGAGAUGUGAUAGACAACCUGUUUGAGAAGACCCACUGUGACUGCAAUGUGGACUGGUGUGUGUGUGAGACCAACCCUGACUUACAGACUGAACGGGGGUUUGAGGACCAUGAGAACCUAGUGGAUCCUCUUUCUACAUGGACAAGAGACACUGAAAACAAAGUGCUUUUUCGGGAGAAAAAAGACAAGUAUGAAGUGUUCAGAAACCCUCAGAAUUUUUAUCUGUGGAAAAAGGAUAGGAAAGCUCUGAAGGACAUGAAAGACAAAGACAAAGAACAACUCCUAGAGGAGAACUUCUGUGGAGCCUCCGUCAUUGUGCCUGACCUGGAGGGCGUUCUGUAUCUGAAGGAGGAUGGCAAGAAAUCCUGGAAACAGCGCUACUUCCUGCUGCGGGCCUCUGGAUUAUAUUACUCACCCAAAGGCAAGACAAAGGCUUCACGGGAUCUUGUGUGCUUGGUGCAGUUUGACAAUGUGAAUGUCUACUACUGCAAAGAAUACAGAAACAAAUACAAAGCACCGACAGACCACUGCUUCAUUCUUAAGCAUCCUCAGAUUCAAAAAGAAUCACAAUACAUCAAGUAUCUGUGCUGUGAUGAUGAGUGGUCCAUGACUCUGUGGGUGACUGGGAUACGUAUUGCAAAGUAUGGUAAGCAGUUAUAUGACAGCUACAAGGCUGCUGUGAGGAAGGCUGCAGGCUCUGCAACUUGGGCUGCCCGCACUAUCCAGGCCUCCUCCAAUGCAUCGACACCCUCCCCUACACCCAAAGCCAAAGCUGCAAAUGGACACGCUCCUCAGCCUGCAGUGGAGACCAAGGGUCCUAGCAACCAAACAUCUUUUCCACCACCUCCACCUUUAAUGGAAAACCUGCCUCCUCCACCACCUGACCCCAUGUUGCCUCCUCCACCCCCUGCUCCUCCCAGCAACGCCAAAGUCAACAACUUUCCUCCUCCACCUCAAUUACCACAGUCCUCUUUCCCACCUCCACCCAUGGAUGACCUGCCUCCUCCACCACCUCCUCCAGAAGAUGCCGACAUGCCCCCUGACUUCCUGCCUCCACCACCACCUAGUUUUCCAUCUUACGGGGGAGAUGCGCUCCCUCCACCACCUCCAGACCCCCAUGCCUCUCUUCUACCACCUCCUCCUGCUCCCCAAAACUUUGCAACUCCAGGUGGAGCACCACCUCCACCCCCACCCCCACCUCCACCACCAGCUCCUGCUGCCAUCAAACCCACCAACUCUGUCAGAAAAGUGGCUCCACCUCCACCAAAGAGGACUACACCUCAGCUAACAGCGCCAUCAGGUGGCGACUUCAUGUCAGAACUGAUGACAGCAAUGCAGAAAAAGCGCACUCAACCAUGAACUUGAAGACAGACAGAGCUAAUUGACAUCUUUUUAUAGUUGGACUGAGCAACUGACUGCCAAACCAGUUUUUGUUAGGACAUUAGGGCACACUGGAUCCUUUAAUACUGUUGCUGUUUAAAAUUUUAGAUUACACCAUAAAACUAAAAAUAUGUAAAUACUUUCUUAUGCAACUAAUUAGAUAUUAUGCUGUAUGUAUCAUUGCUAAUGAAAUAAAUAAAUUACAAGGCCUUGCAAAGUUAACUGUUAAACAGAUUCUGGCAUGCCUUAUUUUAAAAUAAAUAUGGUUUGAACAAGAUUAAUUUAGAAGCUAGGGUUUACAGAUUGCAAUGCAAGCGGGAAAGGCCUCAUGUUAUGGUCGGCACGAUCGCAGAUGACAACAUUCAGAAUCAACACUGUUCAUGUACCGCAGAGUAAAAUUAAAUUAAUUUACAUUUAACCAGUUUAAUAUGGAAAGGCACUGAAACCUUCGUUUAUGUGUUUUUGACCCACACUGUACAUGAUGUGAGAAAAGUUAACUAUUUAGGUUAGCACUGAUUCACUAACUUUAUGUUAGCUAGUUUAGUUUUAGCAAGAGACACAGUAAUUCAUCUGCUUAAGCAGAUGAAACAGAAACGGGAACGUUCAUAUUUAUAAACACAGUCUUUGCGUGGAAAAGUGUUUAAAGCCACGUCAGGGUCUGAGCAGAUGUAAGCACUUUUCCUUGUGUCAAAUUGUAGUACUGCAGGUAUUUGGAAAUAUUAGCAGCAGCCAUGAUGAUGAUAAUAAUAAGUAAUAAUAAUAAUAAUAAUAAUAAUAAUAAUAAUAUUCAUAUUCAUAUUAGGGAUAUGCAUUUCAGUUAAUUUUCCUGACAGGAUAUCAUAUGCUGGAAAACUGUUAAUAGGCAAGAUUAGAAUGUUAAAUAGAAACCAAAUUAGAUUUCAUAAAAAAUAAAAAAAAUAAAAAUACAUAUAUGAAUGCCUGAAACCCGAUAAUAAUUCCAUAAAUGUGCUAAUGUCACCAUAAACAGAAUAUGAGUUUUGACAUGUCAUGCAUCAGCCACACUUUUGUCAACAGAGCAACAGAAUAAAAUGGUAUAUAAUUAAAUAAAUAUGCAUACACAAAAUAUGUAAGCUUAUUUAUUUAUUUAUAUUUAUUUUGUUUAAUUUUUACCUAAAUAAAAUGAAAGAAAAAAAACUGCCAGACAAGUAAGCUAUGCAGUUUUAUAAGAAAUUCCUUUAAUGUUGGAUCCAGUCCUCCAUGUAAAUCAAAAUGGCUUUAACCUCAUUGUAUAUCUUGGCACAGCAUUUGGAUGUUACCAUAUAAAUAUGUAAUUUCUAAUAAAGUAAAA